GAUAACUGAGGUCUUCGUCUACUCCAUUUCUUCUUGCUGAAGGGUAGGAAAGACACUUCUGCAGUUGUGGGGAAGGAAAUUGUGUCAACUCUAAGAAUAACACAAAACAGUUUGUCGAAAGAUAUCUCCACUAAAAUAAACCAUUCUGAAACUAAAGACAUAGACAAUGUCCCAAGAAUCGAAACUGAAAACAUGUACAAAGUGUCAACCAUGAGACGAUUAUACGAUUUGACAAAGCAUCGAACAAAAAGAUCAGCAUUUUUCCCAACGGGGCUUAAAGUCUGUCCGCAGGAAUCCAUGAAACAGAUUUUAGCCAGUCUUCAAGAUUAUUAUAGAUUGAGAGUGUGUCAGGAAGUGGUGUGGGAAGCAUAUCGGAUCUUUCUGGAUCGCAUCCCUGACCUAGGGGAAUACCAGGACUGGGUCAGCAACUGCCAGCAGGAGACCUUCUGCCUCUUUGACAUUGGCAAAAACUUCAGCAAUUCCCAGGAGCACCUAGAUCUUCUUCAGCAGAGAAUAAAACAGAGAAGCUUUCCUGAGAGAAAAGAUGAAAUAUCUACGGAAGAGACAUUGGGAGAGCCUGGUGAAACCCCUGUGUUUUCGACAGAUGCUGCUGAUGUCUCACUUCAGCCCUUCCUUCCCACUCCUGAUGACACAGUCCUCAACGAAAUUCUCAAUGAUACCCUCCACGGCACCAAGAUGCCCACAACAGAAAGAGAAACAGAACUCACCGUGCCCAAGGGCCCUCCAGAUCAGAAAGUGGAGCUGAGUGUCUCCCUGGUAAACCAGAGGUUCAAGGCAGAGCUUGCUGACUCCCAGUCCCCAUAUUACCAGGAGCUAGCAGUGAAGUCCCAACUUCAGAUGCAAAAGAUAUUCAAGAAACUUCCAGGGUUCAAAAAGAUCCAUGUGUUAGGAUUUAGACCAAAGAAAGAAAAAGAUGGUUCAAGCUCCACAGAGAUGCGAUUUACAGCCACCUUUAAGAGAGAGAGCACAGAAGCAAAAAGCCCUGCCAGUGACCUCCUGUCUUUUGAUUCCAACAAAAUUGAACAUGAGGGAGUCCCCCGUGGAACUGUGGAGGAGGACAAGCAACCUGAAAUCUAUCUCACAGCAAUAGACCUCAAAAAGCUAAUCAGCAAAGUACUAGAGGAAGAACAAUCCUUGGAAGUGGGGACAAUUCAGUUCACUGAUGAAAUUGUUGGGUCACUGCCUGUUUCUGGUCCUGACACCCAAUCAGAGCUGCCUACGCCCCCUGCUGAUAUCACAAAGGGUGCUACUUUGAGUCCUGAACUUACUCUGAGUGAACCCUGGUUUGAGACAGUGGACAGAGCAGAGCAUGGUCUACCCGAUGACAGCAGCUCAAGUAUCGGCAGCCAAGAUAUGGUCGGAGACCUAGAUGGAAUGGAUCUGUCCGACACUCCUGCCUCGUCUGAUGUACCAGGACUCAGUGGAUAUGUUUCUACCCCAGAUCAUUCCUUGGAGGAUACCACGCCUGUCCCAGCUGGACAGUACAUCACCACUAGCUCCAUGACCAUUGCCACCAAGGGCCAAGAGCUGGUAGUGUUCUUCAGUCUGCGUGUUGCUAACAUGCCCUUCUCCGAUGACCUGUUCAACAAGAGCUCUCUGGAGUACCAAGCUCUGGAGCAACAGUUCACACAGCUGCUGGUUCCAUAUCUACGAUCCAAUCUGACAGGAUUUAAGCAACUCGAAAUACUUAACUUCAGAAAUGGGAGUGUGAUUGUGAAUAGCAAAAUGAGGUUUGCUAAGUCGGUGCCGUAUAACCUCACCCAGGCAGUGCACGGGGUCUUGGAGGAUUUUCGUUCUGCUGCAGCCCAACAACUCCAUCUGAAAAUAGACAGCUACUCUCUCAACGUUGAACCAGCUGAUCAAGCAGAUCCCUGCAAAUUCCUGGCCUGUGGUGAAUUUGCCCAGUGUGUAAAGAAUGAGUGGACCGGGGAAGCGGAGUGUCGCUGCAGACCGGGGUAUGAGAACCAGGGGCUCCGGGAACGCCUGGCCCCAGGCCUGUGUGCCCCUGGCACAGAGGAAUGUGAGGUCAUCCAGGGAAAAGGAGCUCCAUGCAGGUCACCAAAUCACUCUAACAAUCAAGCAUACAAAGCCCAUGUUAAAAAGUUCCAACGUCAACAAAAUAACAAGGUAACCAGGAAAAGACAUUCUGAAUUACUGACUGUGGGGUAUGAAGAAUUAAACCAUCAAGAUUGGGAAGGAAACUAACAACUGAAAAUGCACAAAUGAUCACUUAAGCAAUCCCAAGAGAGAUGAUUUGCUUUCUCCAGGAAAAUUGUAUCCACUCUGUCAAUGUUCUGAAAACAGGGGGGUCUAUUCACUGGUCCUCAGAAUCCAGGCAUAUAGUCAAGACAACCAGUACACACCAUGUUUCAAGUAUA